CGCGGUGCCGGGCUGCAUACAACACCUUCGCGCACCUGCGACGGAAGUGUGUUACUAGGCCGAGUUGAUACUCUCAGCGGCGCUGCUCCGCGACGUCACACCCGGCGGCUGCGUCCAACACGCGGCGCCUGCCCGGAUAACGUCGCACGAUGACUCGAGUUCUUCACCCCGACUCCUGCCGGAGGGAUCGUGCGGAUUGAGAUCUCCGUGAAUCCUGAUCUGCGACCUCUUCGCGAGCAUACACAGCCUUGACGUCGCUUAAGAAUCGGAUAUGACGGAGCGCUGUUAACUCGACGGAGGGUGUGUGCAUCGACGUACUGUUCUGUUUUGCGAGUGAUCCCCGGAGCGAUCAUGGAUAAACGGCGAUCCUUGGACGGAGGGCUGCAGGAGCACCCCUUGCCUAUCCCAGUUCAGAUGUUCCUUUGGCGGCAACUAAGGCCGUUCAUUCGAGCCAAACUAGGAAAACUUCACGAAGCCUCCUGCACGUUCUGUCAACACGCGCCAGGCCAUCAUGAAAUGAAGGAAGCGUGCACGUGUCUGGAGAAGGUUUUAGUGCAGAACCUUCACAACGAUCUUACACCCUCGCUGAGCGAGAUAUUGAGCAACGUGCCACGCUGGCGCUUAAUUCAAGCCGCUCUUCCUUACGUCCUUCAUGCUGCGGCCAGUAUCCUUCAUAAUAGGAAGGAUUUCCAGAGCAUCGGUGCGAUGGAAACAACUCUCCUUUAUAUUCUUCACUGGAUACUUCUGGAUUCGGCCGAGGAGUGCGCCGAGAAUGAAGCCGAUCCGGGAAACCCCUUUCACUACUUAUUUCCGAUACCUACCUUGACCCUCUUCGUCUACCUAUUUGCACCUUUGUGCAAUCAUUUAAAAGACAUCGACUUCAGGACGAACUUGAGGUUAGAGAACGGCUUGAAAAUAUGGCCCGCUAUGUACGAAUGUCGGCAUCCGGAGGCGUCUUGCUUUACUACACAUUGUCGCGCCAAGCCGCGUCUUUAUUGGAGCCGGUCUUUCAAGUCAGCUAAGCAUCACAUGCUGUCGGAUGAUGUUUUUGUUGGAGGCAAUGUCGAAAGCCCGCUCAGCCAAUCGAUCAGCGCGUUCUCGGAUCAGAGCGCCCCGCCAUCUUCGAAAGUAGUCGAUGAUGAUCAACAGAGUACCUGGUUAUCGUCACCGAAGGACACGGUGUUCCCAGAAACGAUACCUGAGGAAAGCUCCGGCGCGGAGGACGAGCAUGUGGUAAUAUUCAGAUUACCUUCCUUAAGCGAAUCGGAAAAGAUGAUUGACGGGGUGAAAGAAGUUUCCACCAUAUUCGCAGGUGAGGCUAGCAUCUUCCAUGUCGCGAUGGGCAGAACAACCAGCUCCUCGAGGUCCACGCUGACAAUAGAGCAGGUCACAGCGAUCUCUGGGUUUGACACGUGCAAACAGUACCACGGCAAAACUACGAAAACCGGAGGUACGGAGAAGGAGAAGGAAGAGAAGCCCUCCAAGACGGAGAAGGAAACGCAGGAGGCUUCGAAGACACAUGGAAGUUUCUCGAUCCAACGUCAGAGCGCACAUAGUGACGCAAUCGCGGCGGAGCACAUCGCCGGCUCUACGGCUGUCGAUGUGGACGUUCGUGCUGCAACUUUCCUGGAUGUAGCCACUCUGAGAUGCCUGUUCGUGCCCCAAUGGCAGGAAGAAGGUGUCUUCUGGGCUCUUCAGUUCCUGUACUAUCGGCUGCGAAGGAUCAACGAAGAGAGUUCUGUGCAGCAAAUGCCGCGUCGUCGCAGUAACUCCUUGCCUAUACCGAAAAUCGAGGUCUCCAUUUACCAGAGUCCCGAAAGUAAGAAGAAGGAUGUGCUAAAGGAAUUCAUAGAGGUUCCCGAGACGCGCGACGUCACUCUGCUGGCUGAACCGUCGUACGUAAUACACAAAGGUCACGAUGUUGAAACUAGUCAUACAAGACGCGCCAGCGAGAAGACGAAAAAGCGCAUGAAGAUGGCCGAUCUCAAAGCUUUCGUAGAGACGAAGCUGCUCUCGAAGUCGGAGAAGGCACUUGAGAAGAUUGGCCAGGACGAACCUAAGAUGUUGUUCGAGCAGGAAUGUCACAGAAGUCUGGAUACUGGAGACGACCAUCUGAUGAGACAAGCUUCGACCAGCUCGAAGAUCUUUGAAGCGAAGGACGUCGACUACAUGAAGCAUCCUACAAAUCUGAUCAAAGGGAAAAGUAUGCCAAGCUUAAGCUGCUUGAUUAACGAGCUGACCGCGGGAGGGUAUGUCGGCGACACCCGCGUCGAGAGGAAACAGAGUUCCUUUUACAGCCAGUCCUGCACUGCGCCGAAUCCUAUCAUCACCGUCACAGAACACACGCCAACUCCAUCGCCCGAUUACAUGAAGCGGCAAGGAUCCAUCGAAAGUCAAUUAGACGCUAUUAGUAUGCAAGGCGGCCAUCUGUGCUCCGAAAGGAAGCCUAGUCUCACAAGAUCGCAAACAGAUUCUAACAUAACUUACAUGAGCGACGAGGUGCCGGAAGCCCCAGGCUCUGCAUGUUACAUCACGAAGGAAGGUGACGUUGAUCUUCAGGUUGCCUUAAAGGCGAUACAUUCUGUCGCUUUACGGGAUAAUACCUGUUGUACGCCGCGGGUUUGUGAGAUUAUCCUAAACCUGGUGGAACUGUUAAUGGACAUGGGAGUGAUGAAGCAUUGUCUUCGGGAGGAAACCACCGGCAGUAACGCAGGAUCGGGUACAGGAAUCGACAAGUCGGAAACAGGAAAGAAACAAGACUCGCCAACAGGAUUGAAUCAAUCGGAACAGAGGCACGAUCUGAACGGGAAAGGGAAACCGAACGCUCACAAUCUUCUUAUACAUUGCGUGAUUAGAGUAGUGAAGCAUUUAGGCUGUCCAUACGGUUGCUUGGAAGGUGUACGUGGCCCUCAGGCUGAUAUUUGUCGCUCCCAGGGCCAAACUAUCCUGACGAAACUGCAUCGCGCGAGUUCCCGUCAAUUCUCGAAAUUCUUAAGAACUAUGAUGCGAGAGCAACCUUUAAUAGAAAUCUUGGACUUCUUCCAUUCGUAUGUUGGAUACUGCGUCGAUCCGAGUUCACUGUUAUCGCCACUCAAUCAGAAACGAAUAUCCAGCAAGUCCCCGGACGUGGCCUCUCAAAGUGGCUACGCGACGAAUUUCGGUGCUGGCAUGAUGAGUUCUGGAGCCAGCGGGGCAGCUGUGGGCACUUCAGGUGGAACCGGCGUCGCGACGGCGAGCGGCGUCGCAACGUCGUACAACACCGGCGGUUAUGGCGCGCGCGGUAUCGAGGGGCAGAUCAUAAGUUGCAUCUUCAAGGUGUUGGUUACCCGCCUGGUAGAUUCCAUGAAGCAAUUAAAGGCGCAAGAGAACAUCGGCUUGUACUGCGACGUGCGACAAUUGAUGACGUAUGUCAAAGAGGCUCACGGUGGCAUUUUCCGACGCGUCACUCUGAGCGGUAUCCUGGACUCCGCGGAUCGACCGAACAAGCGUUGCAACAGUAACGUACAAACGACGCGUGUCAUAAGGCAUAUACACCAGUCGGAUUUAGAAGAACACGCGGAUAUCGCGGGAGACACGUGUUUCACCGUCGACGACAGAGGCACGCGAAAAUUCCUCUUUAAAAAGAGGAGCACGUCGUCCUGCGCUGCCGGGUCGAAUUUGCAGAGCCUCCUCGAGACAGAGCUGAGCGAGGAGAACGUUAAGAUCAGUCAAAGCCCGUUGGGGGCUAAUCUGCGUAAGAAGCAUCACGUGUUGACACCUCGACAGAGCGAGCGCAAUCUCGGUGUCGGCGAACCUUCCAUGGGCUCCGGAAAAAUGCGGAAGUCGACGCGAUUUCAGAUCGGCGGUAUCGUUAAUUGGUUCCGGAAGGAGUACAGUCGAACCGAUUCUACCGAUAGCCAUGAAAGUAGCGAGUCGCCCACAGACGGCAGCUUUGUUAGGCAACCCAGCUUCCAUUACGGUCCUCAUCGCAGCGCGCGAACGGGACGCGGGGUUGGCCUAACUCUGCAGAAGGCGAAACGUCGGAUGGAGGAUCAGCUGAAUAAGAUCGGGUUCGGCAAAAGCAAGAAGAAAGAAAGCUUGGAGGAGGCGCCUGGAAGCUAUUUCAGUCGGAGGGACUCGAUGGAGCUCGGCGAGGCCUGCAGAGAAUCCGAAUUUGUCGUCUUAAAGGAGAGAAGAUUAAUACCUCGCAACGCUGUGUUCGAAGGGAUGUUACGGUUCUCGUUCCUCCUGGAGACCUGCCAACCCGGCUCCGUUCCCGACCCUCACCUAAUGGCGUCGCUCUUGGAUCUUCCGUACGCGCCGGUGGUGUCUCGCGCUUGCAUGAUACUGGAAUGCGCUCACCUGGUGCACCAAUGCAACAAAGGCCACUGGCCGACGUGGAUGAAGCACAACUUUCCCAUGUUUCGGCCGUCGAUGCCGAUUAACAAUCGAAACGCCCCGAGCGCACUUAGGCGCAUCCACGUGUUACAACGCACCGCGGGCAAGCUGUUUUAUCAGUGGGCGGAGGCAAUAGGCACGCGACUGGAGGAGUUCUUGGCCGAAGAUAAGCAAAAUAUAGAGCAGGUCACGAGUAUAGUGUCCGACGAGAGUAAACAGAGAGAUUUGGUCGCGGAGGACGAAGAGGAAGAUUUCCUCGACGACGCCAGUAUAAAUAGUUACGGAUCCCAGUGCCCUUUCGCGCUGCGACUCGUUGCUUGCGUGCUGCUGCUGGAAGUGACGGCGUUUCUCAGGGAGACUUACCAAACAUUGCCGAAAUCGAGUAAAUUGCUGACGAAGGAGCGUCCGCCGCCAUGGGAAAGAACCAUGUCCAUACACUACAGCCGAGAGGCGAAUCGACGCUGGAGCUUGGCUUUGUCUUCUAUGGGCCAUUCGCAGACGUCCGCGCAGAGUCUACAGUCCAUAGUCGGCGAUCGCGAGGCCGCGGAUCGUAAAAUCAGUUUUGUCGUUUUUGAACCUGAUUACGAAUCAGAGGGGAGCAGCAAAUCGACGGUUACGAUACAAGGGGAGGAGAACAUCGAGAAAGAGAAGGCGAAGAGGGUGCAGGCGCCCCAAGGCAGGCCGUUCCUCCUUCGUCGCAGUACCGCCGGAACCGGCUCGUUUAAAAAGAGGAGUCUUAAACUUCGUCGCAAUACCAAGGAGGGCAAGGACAUAGAAUGCGAAGCGUACGCGGUGAAACGCGCGGACUCCAUUCAGUCAAAGAGGAAAGUGAGCUCGCUCUCGGACAGAAGCGACACGUCCGAGCCCGGUGUCGGCGGCGAGGUCAGCGGCGAGGAGUCGCCCGGUAUUCUCAGCGACGACCAGCCACCGGAGAGCCCGAGCGACAGUAACGAGACCGACGAGACCAACAAGAAUUUCCCGUGGAUGAAGGUGCUGGCGCAGCUCACCAACUCCUUCAACUUCUACUGCUCCCAUCAGAAUUUCUGCCACCCCUUCUGCCAUCGGCGACAGAUGCGCGCCAGCAGCAGGUUGAUCAAAUCCGUGAGAAAGAUCUACGGCGAGGAGUUCGGCGUCUUAAACGGCACGGGAUUAUUGGACACGGACAAGAAGGAGGACGGUAAAAAGGACAAACGUGGCCGCAAGGUGUCCGAUCUGACCAGCACGCAGGUUUCGCCUGUCCGGCGGAAAGAUAGCGUGGGACGCAAAUACAAGAUAGAAAAGGACGGCUCUCAAUCUGGCCGCUUAACUCAAAGAGAUUCGUCGAAGGAUCUCGCGGAACAGGACUCUGAGAAAGGCAAGGAGUCCUUGAGAAAAAGCACCUCGAAGCGGGACGUCGAGAAGGAUAAAGAGCCGCCGGCGAUUUUGAAAUAUAUAAAAACCCAAGUGAAAGACGCCUUCCACGCACCUCUGGCCACCUUGAUCAAAGGGGCAGUCGUCAUGACGGAGGAUCAGUUCGUGGAGGUGUUGCCGGUCGCAUGGGAGCUUUUGUUGGAGUCCAACCAAGAGGUCGCCGCGUCAGCCGCUGCGCUCUUCAUCGUGUCGGCUGUGCGAGCUCCGAACCAGGCGAGCGAAUUGAUGCAGAAGGGCCUUCAGCAUACCAGCACCAGCGUGCGUAUCAAUGCUAUCCUGCGGUUUCAAGUCCUGUGGAAAUUGCGAUACCAAGUCUGGCCACGAAUGGAGGAGGCAGCUCAUCUAACGUUCAAAGUGCCUCCGCCGGGGAUAGAAUUCACUCUGCCGUCGCCGAAAAUCGGGAUUGAAUCCUUGCCGGUGGUCGAUCCACCCUGGAUGCCGCAGGUGAAAACCAAGGUGGAAGAGGUCACUAUCAAUCAGGAACGUCAUAGAUCCUUGGUGACCGCGACAAAGACGCGGAAGAAGCAGCAGACCGAACUGAUCAAGAAAGCUCUUCAGGCGCAGGACGACAAGAAGAGGGAGGAGAGGGAGAAUUUUCUGAUUACAACGAUACCGAUCACCGUGCAAGCUGCUUACGAGCCCAGCCCAAUAGGAGACGAUCAUGACGAAGGGAAUGUGGGAGAUGAAGACGCGGGCGAGACUGUAACGAGGAACAUGACGCAUCACGGUCAGUCGGCUCUCUCGUUGUUCCCCUCUUCGCUAUGCUCGGCGAUCGUUCAGAUUAUUAAUCUCCUGGACGACCCGGCGGUCUCCGAUGACGGAAACGCGGUGUAUGAAGUGGCAUACCAGGUGAUUUGGAGCUGCCUGGUGGAGGACAGCGCUUUGUUCCUUCGAUACGUGUUGGAGCGCCUCACAAGAGACCAGCAGGAAUUAAUGUUUAAGAUCCUCCGACAUCUUAUCAGAUUUGUACCGAAGUUACCACAACAAGCCGCGUUCGCUUUGUACAACUACAUCAUCGGCUAUGUGAUGUUCUACGUGCGCUCUCCGCACGAGGGCGGUCAGAAAUUAAUCGGAACCGCAUUGUCCAUUCUGUGGAUGGUGGUGCACAGCGUGCACGGUAUCAUGUUCAAGGAUCUAAAGCAGAUCCUGCGGAAGGAACAGUGCGACGCGUCUAUCCUGCUCACAGCGAACGUCCCAUCGGCGAAGAAGAUCAUCGUUCACGGGCCGCAAGAUCCCGACGCCGGGGAAAUACCCUCGCAAUUUCCCGUUCAAGAGGACACGCAGUUCUGCCAGAUACUUAGGGAGUCCUUGGACUUCUUCGGCAUCGAGGAGUCGAAGCAGCACGAAUACUUCCUCGUUGACUACAAAACGCACCAAAUACACAAUCCGUCGUCGUACGUCAGAGACUACUACUUCUUCAAGAGAUCUCAGUUUCCGCAAAUCGAGCUCGUCCACAUGAAGCCGGAGGACGCGUUCAACUUGUUGCAGCAGCAGGAACUGAUGCACAAGUUCGUAGAGAUAGGAAAGGUGCUGCUGACCUGGGCGAUCUUGAAGAACGUCGACAUGGUGGUGCAGAGAGUCGUGUUUCUGCACGAAGAGCUCAUGAAACUGCCGUCGUUUCCGCGGAAAGCGCUGGAAGCGAACUUGGACUUGUACAAAGGCGGCGAGAUUGGAAGAGAGCUUCUCGGGCUGGACGUGAUGCACAAGUUUAUGUGGGUCAGACUGAUCGCGCGGAUGUUCGAGGCGAUGGCCGGUAAUUUCGCGUACUCCGGCGAUAUUCACCUCUUUCUGAACGUCUUGAACGGCGCGGUGAUUCUUCACAGCGAGGAUUCCUGUAUAUUACGUUACGUCGUAGCCACCUACAUCAACGCGGCGCACAACUUCAAGAACAUCUUCUCGACGAACGGUUAUCUGCUAAUAAUGCCGACUUUGCUGCAGCUUUACUCGACCCACCAAACGAACAAACUCGUGACGACCACCGUCGAGUACGCUGUCAAGCAGUUUUACCUCAUGAAUCGCAAGCCGUUUAUUCUACAGAUGUUCGGCAGUGUAUCCACCAUAUUGGACACGGACGUGACGAGCUUGCAUGGCGAGGCUCACAAGGUUCCAUCCACGUGCUUGUUCAACUUGCUAUUGAGCUUGGAAACUCCGUCGCCAGAUCCGCUCAACAUAGGCGAAUUGGUGAAAGAGGAGAAGCCCUUGAAAGCGAUAGAUUUCUGCUACCACGACGAAAACGAAAUGGUCAAUGUACUCGACUGUAUAUCUCUCUGCGUGAUGGUGAUAGCUUACGCACCUGACGCGAUCAGAGGUCGACAGAUGUUGAUAAUACUAGAGGCGAUAUUGCCGUGUUACGUUCAGCAAAUUCAAUCUCCCACAUACAAUAAAGAUGGCAAAACGGAGAAGGAGAUAAUAAAUCAAUUAGCUAUCGCAGUAAAGACACUAGUUAACAAUUCCGAGGCGUUAACAAAGUAUGUGUAUUUUUUCUUUUAUAGUUCCUUUCGUUCGCUUCCAUCUUUCAGCUACUCGAUGAGAUUACAACACUCACUCGACUAUCGCAGAUAUUACAACGGUCCGCAAAAAUCUAGUCCCGAGCACAAAGGUUCCAGUCAAAGAAAUUACGGCAAGGGCCCGUACUCGCCGGGUUUCGAUUUCGAGGACGACACCCACACGACAAAGUACCUGGAACACUCGAAGGUUCGAAACUUUUACGAUCGGGACAACGAGGACGUGGACAACUUCCACAGGUACGAAUUCAGAAGACCGCGGGAUACUUUGUUGAACAUGGUCGGGGACUUCGUGGCUCGUUGUUCCGCUCGUCUGAUUGAGCUCAACAAGAAAUCUCAGGACGGGAAGACGAUCGAGUUGCUGGAUUCCAAGUGUCACGUGCGGCUAGUUGAUAUCGCGCACAGCCUCUUGAAGAUCUCGCCGUACGACCCGACUACCAUGGGCUGCCGCGGUUUGAGAAGGUACAUGAACGACAUUCUUCCCUCGACCGAGUGGUCCGCCGACGACAUGAGGCCGGCGCUGAUGAUUAUCCUCAGGAGGCUCGAUAAAACUUUCAGCAAGAUACACAAGAAAGCGUCGAUCAGAAGGAACACCGAUUGGGCCGCCGCCAGCGACCUUCUGAAAGGAGUCUAUGAAACGCUAUUGAGAUGCCCGUACAUCGCGCACUUCCAAUACCUGAAGACAUUGCUGAACACUUGCCAAGCUCUGAUCGUUGGCGACACUCCAGCUGAGGACGUAACGUCAGCGUCCGCAGCGGCUUUGAUGAGCAAAAUACCGCCUCAGCACUUUUGCUCGACGGUGCUGCGUUUGAUCGCUUUACACGUGAUAUCCUACGGCGAAGGAUACUCCUUGGAAAACGUUCUCGGUGGCCAGGCCAUGUUCGCUUCUCAGACUCGCACGGAGAAUACGCUGCUGAACUUGAUGAUACCGUUGUUCCUACGCGUUGGGACCGGUAGGAAAGACGUGCCGAGGCUGAGACAGUCGGACAUCAGUUUCGCUCUAACGGCGGUAUUGAACGCACUUUGGCCGCCGGGAGUGAAGACAGUGCCAUUGACAGCGCAAACCCUGAAGACCACCACGGACAUGAGAACCGGCAGUCUGACGUUCGCCGCGCGAGACCCGAAGACUUUGACGAAAACGUCGUUGACGUUGUACCAGGUGGCCUUUUUAGCGCUCAAGAUAAUGACGAUAUGCUUCGAGACCGAGCUGAAGACGGAGUGGCCGAGGAUCUUGCGCACCAUGCGCCUGUUGAACAAGCGCAACGAGGCCUCGAUAUACCUGUGGAAUUUCCUCGAAUUCGUAGUGACACACCGUACGGCCCUGUACAUCCAGAUGCUGCCGUUCAUCGUUUACAAGAUCGGACAGGCUCCGAUAUCGGAGCACGAGCGAAACAUGCACACCAUCAUACGCGAGAAGAUCAACGGUAGCAGCACCACCGUGCCGAAGUCUCGGGGCGCGCUGCUGAUGGAUCUCAUUCACGACUUGAAGAAUCUCAAGGAGGAGAUCGAAGAUCGAAGAUUCGACGAGAUACAACCGGAACCCAAGCGAAGCGUGGUGGACAUGCAUCCGAUAGCGGAAGGUCAACCGCGCGCUCAGAGGCCGUCUCUGUUGAUGGACUUUCUGACCGGCGAUCUGACCUCCAAGGCUCAUAUAAACCGUACGCCUGCCGAGACUCCGGUGUCUUAUUCCACCGCACCUCAAUCACAGCCUCAUUCGACUCAUCAAUCCAACUCAAGUAGCACUGUUAAAACAACGCAGCCCAGUCAAGUAACGGCACCGCCGAACGGAUCCGUGUCGAGCACUAGCGCGGGAUCGUCCACGUUGCGCGAAGCGAGCGACACAUUCGCCGGGGAGAUGUACGUCGAGCAGCAGCCGUCGACAGCUAGGGAACGGAGAUUCCAACCAUCUUCUACUAGCGAUGAACGUAACCAUGUUAAGCUUCAUCCUAUCUUACCUCACCAAAAGGCGCCAAAGCUGCGCUUUGUCUCUUCCGUAGAGUUUAGACGCUCAUCAGGAGAGACUCUGACGAGCCAGCUAAGUCCGAGCAGUCCUACCGCAGAAGACAGUUCUGGCGAAUUACGCACCGACAAGCCUCGCUUACAACGUUCUAUGGGUCAAAGCAAGAAAACUUUCCGCUUACGAAAGAGUCGAAAGGCCCAUAUUGAGGCACGGAGUACUGAUUUACAGCUGGCCCAAACGGAGCAGCCGGACGCGACUCUGGAGGAAGAAUCAACGAGCCAGCCGAAAGCAACGAUAUCGUCGACAUCGGCCGUGGAGUCGUUCUCCAACAUCCCGUCGGACUCCUCGUCCAUUCGUUCCAAGCGGGGUCUGUCUAGUCGUAAGUCGGACCCAGACAAGAACUCAGCCGUGCCGGGCGAUCCACAGUUCUACGGAGCAACGUAUCAGCAUCACCACUCUCACUACUACCAUCACCAUCUUCAUCCUCAGAUGUCGGACGUAUCCUGGGACGAGGACACGUCCAGUACUUCCGGGUAUCGCGAGUCGUACAGCAUGCAUCUGGUAUCCCUGGACGGUAACAAUGCACGCUCGACCACGGCACCGCCUUUAGCAUCGCCGGACCUCAAUGACAUACCGUCUACGAGCAGCACGACGACCAAUUACAUCGGCUUCGACGGCAGCUCUCCGGAUUGUUCCAUCAACGGCAGCGGCGGCGAAAAGACCGCCCUCUUAACAUCUAGCCAGAGAACGACUUCUCAGCACUCCUUGCUGAUGGUUUUCCCGAAUCAAGACGAGGAUACUUUAAUAUAAAUCACAAAGAAAUAUACUUGCUUG